AUGACUGAGAAAACCGUGAUUCCCCCGCCAGUUGCGGGCCACUUUGAACCUCGCGCUCCUGCUUUUGGUUCCUCGCGAGCAUCGCUGGCACCAUCCACCCGCAGCUCGACGAUGCUUGACGACAUCAAGCACGAGGUCAUGGUCAACUAUCUCUACCAGCAGCAGUGCAGCCGUCUCUGGGUCAGCGAUGGUAGUGGUGAGAUGGAGGGUGUGCUCCUCCGAAAGAGCAGAGGCAACUACAUGGCCUGCCCACCCCAGCUCGCUCAGUCCUUGUUUGCUGCCGCCUGUGCUGCGCUCAACGUACAGGUCGCCAUGACUGUCAACUCCCGUGUCAUCAAGACUUUUCUGCAGUGGUCGCCUGACGCCGUUGACGUGCCGCUCAUGAAUGGUCUUCGCAUCCAGAUUCUCCCUACCAUGGAUGAUCUUCCCCGUGCCCGCAAGCAUCAGUUUGCCGCUUUUAUUGCGUCCGAAGCCAUCUUGGUUGUUUGGGAUGACGAGGCCACCAAUCUGGUUGAUCGUGCUAAGCAGAUUGAAUCUGAGCUCAUGGAGCUCGUGUGGAAGACUGGUGAGCCCGAUGAGGAUGCGGGUGAGAAGAAGAUGCCCGAAGUCCGCGAGGUUGAGGUCGAUGAGGAGAGCGGCGAGAUCAUUCCCGAGAAGCGACCUGUCAAGCUCCAGAACACUGUUCUCGUCUCGUUCACGCUCAUUAUCGUUGUGGUUAUGAUUGGCGCUGGUUUCCGACAGAUUGCUAUCGAGACUUCCGUCGAUCACUCUUACCUUCGUCUGGCUUUCCUCGCUCUUACUCCUCUUCAGAUCUUCUUCACCUUGUUCUUUGCUCAGGUUAUUGUUGGUUGUGUCGCCCAGUGCAUCGGUCCCAUCCGCCAGAUGACGAUGAACUCCAAGUUCUACUCUGCCCGCUUGCCCCCUCGUCUCACCAACCGCACUCUUCCCCACGUUACAAUUCAGUGCCCGGUCUACAAGGAGGGUCUUCAAUCGGUCAUUGCGCCCACCGUCAAGUCCAUCAAGCAGGCCAUCUCGACCUAUGAACUUCAGGGUGGAUCGGCCAACAUCUUCAUCAACGACGACGGUCUCCAGCUGAUCAGCGAGGAAGAGCGACGUGCGCGUAUUGAGUUCUAUGCUGACCACAGUAUUGGAUGGGUUGCUCGUCCCAAGCAUGGCGAGAAUGGUUUCACCCGACGUGGUAAAUUCAAGAAGGCCUCCAACAUGAACUUUGGUCUCAUGAUCUCGUGCAAGGUUGAGGAGAAGCUCACUUUGAUCGCUCGCCCUGAUGACUGGACUCAAGCCGACGAGGCUCAAGCUUAUGAGCGCUGCCUCAAAGAGGUCGUCGAGGAAGAUGGCCGCGCCUGGGCUGACGGUAACAUUCGUGUUGGUGACUACAUUUUGCUGAUUGACUCUGAUACUCGUGUUCCCUCGGAUUGUCUGCUUGACGCUUGCAGCGAAAUGGAACAGUCGCCUGAAGUCGGUAUUAUGCAAUUCUCUUCUGGUGUCAUGCAGGUCGUCCACACCUACUUUGAGAACGGUAUUACAUUCUUCACCAACUUGAUUUACACUGCUAUUCGGUACACUGUCUCCAACGGUGACGUUGCUCCUUUUGUCGGUCACAAUGCCAUUCUCCGGUGGUCUGCUAUUCAGCAGGUCUCGUACGAGGACGAUGAUGGAUAUGAGAAGUUCUGGUCCGAGUCUCACGUGUCUGAGGACUUUGACAUGUCUCUUCGUCUGCAGGUCAACGGCUACAUUAUCCGUCUUGCUGCUUGGGCUGGAGAAGGUUUCAAAGAGGGUGUCUCGCUCACAGUCUACGACGAGUUGGCUCGUUGGGAGAAGUACGCCUACGGUUGUAACGAGCUUCUCUUCAACCCCAUCCGUGUCUGGCUCUGGCGUGGUCCUUUUACUCCCUUGUUCCGCAGCUUCCUCUUCUCCAACAUUCGUUUCACCUCCAAGAUUACCAUCAUUUCGUACAUUGGAACCUACUAUGCUAUUGGGGCCGCCUGGAUCAUGACCACUGCCAACUACUUUGCCAUGGGUUGGUACAAUGGAUACCUCGACAAGUACUACAUCGACUCGUGGAAGGUCUGGUUCUCCAUUGUCAUUGUCUUCAACGGUCUCGGAAACAUUGCCUUGGCUAUUAUGCGGUACCGUGUCGGUGAAAAGUCCUUCCUUGCAGCUCUGGUUGAAAACUUCAAGUGGAUCAUCAUGCUUGCCAUCUUCCUGGGUGGUCUCUCGCUUCACGUCUCUCAGGCUCUGCUCGCUCACAUGUUUGAGAUUGACAUGACCUGGGGCGCCACCUCCAAGGAAGCCGAAUUCUCCAACUUCUUCAUUGAAGUGCCCAAGGUGCUCAAGCGAUUCAAGUUCUCCAUGACCUUUGCCCUCAUCGGCAUUGUCGGCAUGAUCAUCCUCGCCACGGGCCCCUUUAUACCGUACGACUGGAAGAUUACCGACUUUGUUGCCAUUCUGCCCAUGGCCACUGUCACGGUGUCACACUUGCUUUUGCCCGUUGCCCUCAACCCCGCCCUGAUGACCUUUUCGUGGUAG